AUGUCAAGCCUUCCGGGAGAGAUCAUCGAGAACAUCUUUUUAAGGUUAGAAGUGAAGAAUCUCUUACCAUGCAGGUGCGUAUGCAAGCCUUGGCGUGACCUUAUCUGUAGCCCCAAUUUCAUUUAUAAGCAUCUUAAUCUUAGCAUCCAAGACAACAACUGCACACUUAUGUUCCUGUAUUUGGUGGGUUCUGAAUAUAAUUUGUUCUACACAGUAGAUUAUAAUCCAUUAAUGUCAUCAUUAGCAUCAUCGCCAACGGAAAAUUAUGAAUGCGAUGAGGCUGUUCAGAUGGAUUACCCAUUAAAUUCUACAGAUUAUAGGGCUAGGAUCUUGGGCUCUUGUAAUGGCUUGCUUUGCGUACACAGUGCUGGCUCCCCUUGUGUCAUUACCAUUUGGAAUCCAUCUUCUAAUGAGUACAAGCAAUUACCUGAACCAUCAAACCACUCAAGCAAUAACAUCGAUUAUUACGGGUUCAACUACGAUUACCAGAUUGACGAUUACAAGGUUGUAAGAAUCGUGGACUAUAUUCAGGAUCAGGAGGACCCAAUUAACUCUGAUGUUGAAGUCUAUACAUCACGUUCGAAUUCAUGGAAAAGCAUCCGUUCCAUACCGUAUUAUUUUCCUAGUGAUAAGAACUGUGGGGUGAUUUUGAAUGGAGCUCUUCACUGGUUAGGAGUUGGAACUGACGACGGAGAAGACCUCAUAGUAGCUUUUGAUAUUAGUGAAGAGACAUUCGAGGGGUUGGCAGUAAUCGAAGGCCCUGUGCUACAUCCACCGGAAAGUGAUGACGAGGUGGAUAAUAAUAGCUUGGGAGUCUUAGGAGGGUGUCUUAGUUUACUUUAUAAGGUAUAUGGUGAGCGUGUUGAUGUAUGGGUAAUGCAGGAAUAUGGAGUCAAGGAAUCUUGGAAUAAGCGUUUCACCAUUACUCAAGAUAAUGUUACAGAGGACUACUCGUUGAGGCUAGUACGGAACUUCGAGAAUGGUGGUCAGAUUCUACUUAUGGCUGAUGAUUGCAUAAUUUAUUAUGAUGCCAACCGUAAAAGUGAAAAAGAAGUGGUGAUUCCUGGGGAUGGAUGUUUUGUAGGAGGAGAUAAUUUUGUGCCUAGCCUAGUCUCUCUUUACUCUGGUACUUAUAUGCAAUGA